AUGAAACUCAAAGAACUUGAAGGUUUACUUCAGGAUGUUACUGUUUUUGAUGAGCCCAAAAUUCAUCUGGAACAAUACGCGACAACACCACAUUUAGCUUCAAGAAUGCUAUUUACUGCGCAUUCUGUAUAUGAUGACAUUGAAAAUAAAAUAGUGGCAGAUUUUGGUUGUGGAUGUGGAAUAUUAAGUAUCGCAUCAAAUAUUCUCGGAUCAAGCUAUAAUAUCGCUGUAGACAUCGAUCCGGAUGCACUCCAAAUUGCUAACGACAAUUGUUCGAAGUUUGAACUUUCUGUUGAUUUUAUAUUGACAGAUUUAACCUCGAAUCCAUUGGCUGUGGAGGUUGCGAAUAAUGCUGUUUAUUCGUUACAUAAAACCUCAACGAGAGAGCACAUACUUAAAAAAGCAAAAGAAUGGGGAGUUGAUUGCGAAAUUUUGGCCGAAUUGAAAUUUGAUAUACCAAAUAUGUACAAGUUUCACAAAAAGAAGUCAGUAGAUAUUCAAGUAGAUUUUCUGCGAAUAGCAAAGUAA